UGGGAGCUGGUAAUGCUUUCCUCUCAAAUGAAAUGUUUUUGUAAAUCCAUGAGCAAGCCUGCGAUUUGGAGAGGCCAAAAGCGGCGGUUCACAAUCCCAUCGGCUCAACAAUCCUUUGUUUGAUGGCAAAAUCGCUUCCAUUGGCGUCUCGCCUUCAACAAUUCGCCAAGGUCGUCGUCUCCUCCAAAAAGCCCCAAUCACCCACGGCGAGGCAGAAGCCCAAGAUCCGAGUUUCGCCGCCUGAAACUCCGAUCUCCGAUUCCGUCCGAGUCAUCUCGGAACCGGCGCAGCCGAAGAAGAACAUGGAGGUGAAGAAUCGGAUUCCGUUGGCCGAUGUGGUGUCGGACUGCGCCAAACGGUGGUUCCAGGACACGCUCAAGGAGGCAAAUGCCGGCGAUACGGCAAUGCAGGUCUUGGUAGGGCAGAUGUUUUGCUCUGGCUAUGGAGUUCCCAAGGACACUCGGAAGGGGCUUGCUUGGAUCAAUCGAGCUUCGAAAUAUCAGGCAUCAGUUUGGAAAGCAAGCGAUAGACAUCCAGCUUACUUAGCCACCGAUUCGGAAUCAAGCGAUAGGAGAGUCAAACGAGAUGACAUCAGACGAUCCUUUUCUCAACUUCACUAAUCCAAGCUUACUUGGACAAGUAUUUGUUGGAGCUGAUAUUAGUAACUACGGUACGGUGCCCGAGCCCCGUGUUUUUUUUCUAUAAGAAAAUUGCUAGCAAAUUAUCUUAAGGCUGCAAAGGGAGACCAUUUCUACUCUAAUUAGGAGAUUCUUCAGAAGAUAGUUAUGUGUAAUAACAUAAUUGUAAUUUGGGAUAAGCUAUAAAUCAGUUUUUUCAUA